AUGCCUAAGUCUUCCCUCAAAGUCUCCCAUCCAAGAACAGGCGAGGAAGGCUACCAGGUAGGAAUGGAGGUUUUCCACCAGCUUCAUUGUAUCAAUCUUCUCAGAAGGGUCGCAUACAAAGAAUACUAUGAACCCCUUGGCGGAGAGCUUGCCGCUGGACGCGAGGCGUUGCAACAUCAUACGGAUAACUGCAUCGAGAUCCUCAGGUUGAAUGUCCACUGUAAUGCAGACAUAGGACUUUUUACGCUAUACAUGGUCGAAGGAGACUCACAGGUAUGGCCAGAACUCAAGUCGAAGCAUGUUUGCAGAAAUUUUCAAGAAGCGAAGCAAUGGGCACUCGAUCACUCGGUUGGCAAAAUGGAACUAUAA